AUGAAAGGACCUGAUUCCUUAGUUCUCAAUGGAGAGUAUAUUCAUAUGCGGUGUUGUGCUCACAUCUUAAACUUGAUAGUGAGGGAUGGCUUAGCUAAGGCAAAAACGAGUAUAGUGGCUAUCAGAAAUGCCAUUAAGUAUGUGAGAUCAUCCGGAGACAGGCUGAAAUCGUUUCUUCUGCGGGUUGAGACAGGGAACGUAGGUCGAGGAAGCUUAUGUCUUGAUGUUGCAACCAGGUGGAACUCGACUUAUCUAAUGCUCACAGCCGCAAUUAAGUUUAGGGUUGCAUUUGAAAAGAUGUUGGCUGAAGACAAGCUCUAUAACGAGUACUUCAUGGAGACUGAAGAGAAUGCUGAAGGGGAUACGGGUGAGAAUGGUCGAAAGCGUGUUGGUCCACCUACGUUUGCUGAUUGGGAGCAGGUGCAAAGGUUAGUUAAAUUCUUGAAGAUCUUUUUCAAUUGCACUUUAACCUUCUCGGCUACAAAAACAGUGACCUCUCCUGUUUGUUACAAUGAGCUGGUGAUCAUUGAAAGGAAUCUGAUCAACCUAAGCAUUAAUGGUGAUUUGCUACUAAAGACUGAGGCUAUGAUUAUGAGGGCAAAGUUUGAAAAGUAUUGGGAUGGUCUCAACAACAUGAAUCCCCUAGUAAUCAUUGCUUUUGUUUUUGAUCCCAGAAACAAAAUGCAAUUUGCUGGUCUUUGCUUUGACAAGCUGUAUGGCAAAGACAGUAUGGAGAGUACUCAUCUAAGGUCGUCCAUUAAGAGUGUGAUGAAGGAGCUGUAUGGAGAGUAUGUGGUGAAGCUGAGCGGAAGUGAGCCUGGAAACUCAACCUAUGGAGGAACCGUAACUGAACCUGUGGUGACAACCAAUGAUCUGUUUGAUUUGUCAGAUGAUGAUGGUUAUGAGAGGACGGAUACGUUGUACUCUGAGAUGGUUGCUGAAACUUCAAAUGAGGAAUGUAGCAGUGAGCUUGAUAUUUACUUAUUGGAGAAACCUGUGAUAAGAACUCCAGCUGCUUUAGGAAUGGACUUUGAUAUUUUAUCUUGGUGGAGGCGUAACAGUUCAAAAUUCCCAGUCUUAUCCGAGGUAGCUAGAGAUGUCCUCGCCAUUCAAGUUUCAUCCGUUGCUUCUGAAUCUGCAUUCAGCACAAGUGGUCGGAUUUUGGACCCUUAUCGAAGCUCUAUGUCACCACACAUGGUUGAGACUUUAGUUUGCACUCAACAAUGGCUGAGGAAUACUAUUUCUGCUGAGAAAUUAGCCAGCUUAGCUCAGAUGUUUGAGGAAUUGCAGUUUCAUGAGUCCUUAGCUUCACAGAGUGAGGGACACCCAUCCGCACAUCCAUGA